AUGUCUGGUCUAACUCUAACGUCACCAAUCGACUCAUUACCCAAUGAGCUUCUCAUUGCGAUCCUAUCCACCUUUGAAUCUCGCGAGCUGCUGCCAUUAACGACUGUCGACCGCCGCUUCAAUGGUACCGCCACCACAAUACUGCAACACCGCCUCCUUCAUACCGCGAAGAUGGAAGGACACGAGGUGAUGCUGGAGAGCUACCACCCAAGUGCCAGGAACUCAACACCGUCAAUGACGUGUAGAUUUGCAGGCGUUGACUUCCUGGGAUACCAGUGGACCGGCGAGGAAGAUAUGGACUUGCGUGAUCUCUCCCACCUUUACUCCCACUUCCGCCCGGUCGUCUCCGAAGAGACGCGACGCAUGCGGAGAGUGUUUGGUCGACGGAUGCCGGGCGCCCCACUCGAGCAAGAAAUCGGCGACCAGCCAGUUGUCCAAGAACUCAUCCUGGAUGACGGAGAGCUCUUCUCUCAACUUUGCACAACAACUAGCUUGGUCAAGUCAGGUCCGAACCCUGGUCUUCUCGCUAGCCACAGCAAUAUUGAGAAUGGCGUGGUACGCGUCUGGAGACACUGGCUAGCAAAGGCGGCCGCCAGGACAGCCAUUUGCCCAGCAGGGCAAGGACCAAUCGACGAGAGCACCAUCUUGUGGGCCGACGCUACGAAGAAUGUCGGAUUGCGAUUCAGCGUUACCGAUAUCACCAAGGAGCGUCUACCUGUCUACCGCGGAUUGGACGAGGAUGCUCCUGUCGCCUACUCUCUGCACUACCAAGAGUUACUGGUUCGCACAAGCCAAGUACUGCUGGCGAUGGAGAAAUCAGCAGUCCAAGAAGUUGUCGACUCAGGGCGCGCAGUGUCGACGAGCUCAACUCGCAACAUCAACAUCGAAAAGUUUCGAGAAGUGCAAGCAAGUGGGCCAAGUCCUCGCAGAUCGGUAUUGGCUCGGUCAACGUUGUCACCGCCAAUUCUCCCUAGGAUGGAACGCCUCCCAGAACUUGGCUACUCAGUAGCGGCCACCUUGGUGAAGACGAACAUCCAGCGUCAGAAUACCCAUACCACUAUCACAUCUCUUCCGACUCAUCUGGAACACUUUGCUGACUUUGCGGUCCUCUUUAUAGGCUUUGUCAUGCAGCUCGACGCGAAGAGUGCCCAUGCAGUAAAAACCGUCUUGAUGGCACCCGCUAUGCGACCAUUCCAGCCUCAAGCGGUUGCUGUCAUGAACAGACCAAAAAACGAACUAAACAGACAUUUCGGGGCCGCCGGAGAGCGAAACACUUCGCUUGUCUCUCGUCGAGGUCGCAAGGCCAGUCACGCAUUGCAUGAGUUGCAUGCAUUGGAUACAAAAGAAUCGACGUUUCAGCAUCUUGGACACAUCAAUCAUUCCGUCGCGGGGACAGAUACACUAUGGCAUUUGGAAAUGGCGUUUCGGCGAAUUCGGUCUAGACGGCGUUGCACCGCAAAGGCCAACAGCGGGGAUGCGGAUAGACAAGAGGGAUGCGUGGUUUUUGAGGAUAUACAUAAUGACAUCGAGUUCCACAACCUUGACGAGAUAAUUGCCAAGGCCACUCGGGAUAAUCUGGUGGAUUUCCCCUUGGAUGACACUCCAUACACAUCCGACCGCUCCAUGUAUGAUCGUCGCUGCGGGGGCAAUGCUCCAGCCCAGCGCUGUGGAAGAGGGGCAAUAGGGCAGACAAACAACGAGGAACAUGAGUUAGUCAUCCGCUUGCCGGCCGUUGAGGCGGUCGAUCCCGCUAGCCGCAAAAGAUCGACGCCUGCAGCGCGGACAUUCAACGCCGGCAACUCCAUUGCACUCGUACAGCUCUGCACGGAAUCAUUGGCGGCACCUGACGAAGCCGGCUUCUUUGGUCGCAAAAUACAUUCGCGGUUGUACGGAGCCGGAAAACCGCGCUCUCUCCGAGGCCAAUUCAACGCUGACGCCAGCAGCAAGAGCCGCGGGUAUGACUCUGCGCAGUCUGACAAGGAUCCUUCGGGCCAAUUUACCGAGCCCGGCCCCAAAGAAACAACAAAUUUAACUUGGACAAUGGCUCGGCUAAUGACAGGCCCUGAGUGCGAAAGACCGCCUGGAACUGGUCGUGGCCAUGGCAAGCGGGUUAUUCGCAAUGACAUAUUAUCAUCAGCUCAAGCGAAAUGGAUGCUUCAAUUGAAGCUGCGCCGGGCUACACGAGCGCAGCUUUCGCCCCGAACUCCCGCAACUCGCGAUCGACCAACUUUGAUUUCAAUUAAUCUUGACUCGACAUUGGCCACCCCAUGCGCCACGAAGUCGACAUUGUUUCCACGCAAUAUGAUACCUGGCCGGCGAAACAAUAGAGCCAGGCCCAAAGAAAAGGUGCAAGAGACAGAACUAGCAUCAGGAAGGUUUCAGCGCGUCGUCUGCCCAGGCCGGCGGUGGUCCAAGCACGCAUCGGACGGGGGCCGUUUUGACAGGGCUCGGCAUCCUUGCAACCAUGUCUCAUCCAAUGAUGGCGCGGAAGACCAGGCCGAACUCCUGGCCAUCGCCGUUUUCACGACAUCUGGUAUCCAUAAAGAUACACAUCCGGUCAGAAACUCGAGUCCCUGUUUUACCGGAGCUGGGCUCCAUUUGUGCGACAACGAACCCCGACGGGAAAUUCAGCAAUCGGAAAUGAUGGAGAGGGAUAUGGAAAAGGGCGAAUUUGAUCCAGCGCGGCCAGAAGAGAGCCAUGCUGCACCGGAGAAGGCCCCGAGGAGGAUGUCGUUCGCGAGACCGCCACCACCGCCCCCAAAAGACGAGUCCGCACGACCGAUGACAAGUUCGACGAAGCGCCUGUCCUUCUCGACGACAAUGAGUCAGCGGAAGAUCAAGUACGGGACCGGAAGACACUCGCAAACAGAACUGAGUCCUCAGCCAAACGAUGACCCAGAGGAUCCGCUGAACUGGCCGCAAUGGAAAAAGGAACUCAAUUUCGUCGCUCUACUAAUGACUAUGGGCCUGAUCGGAGGGAUGAAGACGGCAUACAUGAGCGUCAAUAGUGUUCUCGCCGUCAGAUUUAAUGUCUCUUAUACAGCAGUGGCAUCCUUGACUGCCGUACCACUCGUCCUAUCUGCCUUCACAGGUCUCAUCAGUCUGGCAGUUUCUAAGAUAUGGGGUAAGAGGCCGGUCUAUUUGAUCUCGGUGGUGUCGAUCUUCAUCGGCGCGAUCUGGAACAUGCGUGCGGGCAACAGCUUUGGGCAGUGCAUGGGAGCGCGCGUCUUCCAGGGCCUCGGCUGGGGUGCCUUUGAUACACUUGCUCUCGGUUCAAUACAGGACACGUACUUUGAACAUGAACGUAGCGCUCGCAUCACGAUGUAUCACGUUCUUUCAAUUUCAACGACCUGGGGUGCCCCUCUGUUCGGAGGCCUGGCUUCGUUCAACGCGGGCCGCUUCACCAUUCAAUUCGACAUCAUCAAUGCCUUUCAGAUCAUUGCCAUACCGCUGAUCCUAUUCGGGGCUCCCGAAACGGCUUACGAUCGAUGGUCCAGUAGCAGCGUCGCCCAAACCCCUGCCUCCGGGGUGUCGUGGAUGUCGAAGCCUCCAAAGCCGCUCGGAGAGCCUUCCGUCGAGGAAGUCAAGGCUUACCUGCGUACCAUGAAGCCUGUAUCUUUCUCCGGUAUGACGGAUGUCCGGACGCUUCUCCAGGCCCCUCGCGCUUUCGUCGCGCCCACGACCCUGCUGCUCUUCGUCAUCACCUUCAUUCCGUACUGUGCGCUGUGGAGCUUGACGGAAUCCCUGUCGCUUCUCUUCUUCCCCAUGCCAUGGAUGCUCCGAGAGAACAGCAUCGGGUCGCUCAUGGCAGCGCCCUUUAUUUUCUCGAUACUCACCGCUACCGGCCUUGCUGUUUAUCAAAAACGACAUGUUGGAUACUCCCCCUACCACACCUUUUGCACCUUGGCCGGAGGAACUGUCCUCGCGGCUACUGGCAUUCUUGCGUUUGGGCUCAAGACACACGCCGUCAUGUCCGAGGUGGCUGAUGAGGAUCCCGCCAGCGUCUUCAAGUUGGAUGGCGUCGGCGCACAUCUCUCCUUCCCUCUUCUGUCUUUCUUACUGGGUUUCUUGGCGGCAGGUGUGACGGUUGUCGACACCGCCAUCCGUCCCAUCAUAUGGCGCUCGACGCAGUUCACCUCGUCUAAUAUGAACGUGUGCCUGCGGAACGUGGCCGAUAUGAAUGCCGGCGUGACGUGCUGGAGGAACUUGUUCGCUGGCAUCUUUGUCAUGACGGUUCCUAAUGCCAUUGUCAUGUGGGCUGGCUUGAAGUCAACCGUCAUCGGCCUCGGCGUCGCCCAGAUCUCGGUCGCGAUCGCGGUCUGUUGCGCGUGGUGGUUGUACGACGAGCAGGUGAGGAGAAUGGACGGGCACGUCAUGGGUCUGGUUGAUUUGAGGGCCGCGUGGAUGUGUGAUGCUUUCGAGUAA